UCGUCGCCUCUUCACACAGCUCUUCCACCUAAACGCUCCUUCCCGCAAAAUGGCGAUCCAAAACGCGAUUCUGAAAACCUCUCUCCUCCUCAUCCUCUUCGUGUUAUCCAUGUCCGAAACCGCAUUAUCUCAAAACUGCGGCCGAACCGGCUGCGGCGGCAACAUGUGCUGCAGCAGAUGGGGCUACUGCGGAACCACCGCCGCUUACUGUGGCGCCGGCUGCCAAAACGGUCCUUGCAGCUCGCAGUCUAGCCCCGGAGGCGGCAGCGACAGUGGCGGUCUUGACGGUGGUCCGACCGAUACGGUGGAGAAUAUCAUAACGCCGGCUUUCUUCAACAGCAUAAUCAGUAAAGCCGGCGGCGGUUGUCCGGCGAGGGGGUUCUACACGCGCGAAGCUUUUAUAGCGGCGGCAAAUUCCUUCUCUGAAUACGGAGGAGCCGUUACUAAGCGCGAGAUUGCUGCCAUGUUUGCUCAGUUCACUCACGAAUCCGGAAGCUUCUGUUAUAAAGAGGAAAUAGCUAGGGGGAGGUACUGCCAACAAAGCACAACGUACCCAUGUGCACCAGGAAAGAACUACUACGGUCGUGGACCGAUCCAAAUAACUUGGAACUACAACUACGGUUCGGUCGGUCAGUUCUUGGGACUGCCCCUGUUGACGAAUCCUGACCUGGUGGCUAGUGACCCCGUUGUGGCUUUCAAGACAUCUCUCUGGUUCUGGACCAGAAACGUACGUCCCGUCCUGAGCCGAGGCUUUGGAGCCACCACGAGAGCGAUUAACGGCGGAGAAUGUAACGGAGGAAGACCUAACGCCGUUCAGGCUAGGGCUAAUUACUACUCGGAGUAUUGCAGGACACUUGGGAUCACUCCUGGUUCCAACCUCUAUUGUUAAGAAAUCGUUUGCCAUGGUCGGUCCAAGUAUAAGAGCUAUUGUCUAAUCUGUGUUUGUGUUUGUGUUGUUUGUGUGAGAGAAUAAAUGUGUUCUAUCAUGUCCUAAUUACGUCGACGUUGUGUCUAAUUAUCAUAAAAGUUGUGUUUAUUUAUGAGAAGUCAUAUAUAGGGGUGGUUAUUUUA